CACAUUAAUGAAAAACUUUCUUAAAUAAUAUCUAUCCAAGUUACAAAGGUAGUACUGUGUGCUUCAAAAGUGGUACUUUGCCUAUUUCCCUACAAAAUAAACCACCCAGUACAUACAGAGAGAAUUCCAGUGCGUUUUCUUCUUUAGUUAGCAAUCAACCGAUCGCAAUAGCAAAGGAUCUCUCAUGGCUCCAGUGGCACCCAGAUCCGGAGACGCCAUUUUUGCCAACGUCGAACGGGUGAACGCAGAGCUUUUCACUCUAACUUAUGGAGCAAUCGUGCGCCAACUGCUGACUGAUCUAGAGGAGGUUGAUGAGGUCAAUAAACAGCUUGAUCAAAUGGGUUAUAACAUUGGAAUUAGGCUCAUUGACGAGUUUCUGGCAAAGUCUAAUGUUUCAAGGUGUGUUGAUUUCAAGGAGACAGCUGAAGUCAUUGCCAAGGUCGGUCUCAAAAUGUUCCUAGGAAUCACUGCAACGGUGACAAAUUGGGAUGUUGAGGGAACAACAUGCAGUCUAAUUUUGGAAGAUAACCCCUUGGUAGACUUCGUUGAGCUCCCUGAUACCUGUCAAGGCCUAUAUUAUUGUAACAUCUUAAGUGGAGUAGUCAGGGGGGCAUUGGAGAUGGUGUCGAUGAAAAUAGAGGUCACAUGGCUUCGUGAUAUGCUCAGAGGGGAUGAUGCAUUUGAGUUGCAACUGAAGCUUCUGAAGCAAGUUCCUGAGGAGUACCCUUACAAGGAUGACGAGUAAACAUACUUUUUUGAUGCUCGACAUUUGGAAUUCUACGACAAUCUAUAGCGAAUGCCUAAUUCUACACAUACAGAUCUCUGUCUAUUAUUAUGUGAUUUAGUACAAGUUAUGCUUAAGUUCUACCAUUGAGUUUAGUGUUCUAAAGGAUUCUUGUUCAAUUUUCACCUGAUGAUCUGUGCUCUGUAAUUUUGAGAUUUAUCUGUAUCUACCAUAUUGGAAGAUCUCCUCAUAUUCUUGGAUUUUAUAGGUCAUUAUUUUUUGUUCUUGUCCUACUUCUAAAUGUCUCAAUGUCCGAGUCUUCUGAGACUCUGAAUUGGUUCCUGUAACACAUGAAACCACUUUCCACCUGAGAUGAAUAUAUCCCAUUUAGGUUGAUGUAAUCAUGGAAAAUAAUAUGUUUUGAAGUCCCCCCAAAAAGAAAUCAAUAUAAUCUUUUGUCUGAUGGAAAA